UUUUAAAAAAAUGUUAUAUUUAAUGGAAUUCCUGUCCAAUGAAAUUUUAUUUGGUUCAAUUAAUUUUAGAGCAAGCUAGCUUCUGUUUAGAAAGAGAGCUAAUAAGCCUGCCUGAAUGAAUGGCAUGAAUCAACAACAUCCCACCAAAAAAAGGCUCAUGCCAAUCUCACCCUUAAGAACUCUACAAAUUUCUCAUUCACAAAGCAUGAUACAACCUUUCAAAACUCUUCAUUCAAGAAGAGGGAAGUCGACCCUUAUCGACACCUGCAGAAAACUACAACUCCGCCAUGGCUACUUGCAAUCGAGAUUUGGUAGAAGACGAGGAACACAUUUUCCGCAGCCAACUUCCUGAGGUCCAAGUGCCUGAUGAUAUCACACUGCCAGAGUUUGUACUUCAGAAUGCCGAAUCAUAUGCUGAAAAUGUAGCAUUUGUGGAAGCUGUGAGCGGAAAGGCAUACACUUACCGCGAAGUCGUGAGGGACACAAAUAGAUUUUCCAAGGCCUUGUGGUCUCUGAGGUUGAAGAAAGGGCAGGUGGUUAUUGUUGUUCUACCCAAUGUUGCAGAAUAUGCCAUUGUUGCUUUAGGGAUAAUGGCUGCUGGAGGUGUGUUUUCUGGUGUAAAUCCAGCAGCUCACAUAUCAGAAAUCAAAAAGCAGGUGGAGGUAGCAGAAGCCAAACUCGUCAUCACAAACAGCGCAAACUUUGAAAAGGUGAAGGAAUUAAAGCUACCUGUUAUCUUGUUGGGGGAGGAACUAAUUGAAGGUUCCAUGAAUUGGCACAAACUGCUUGAAGCUGCAGACCGUGCAGGCAACAAUUGUGUUAAAGAAGAUAUUAAACAGAAUGAUUUAUGUGCUCUUCCUUUCUCAUCAGGAACCACAGGGGUUUCCAAAGGUGUUAUGUUAACUCACCGAAAUCUCAUAGCUAAUUUGUGUUCGACUCUCUCGGGUGUCCCGCAAGAAAUGGAGGGCAAGGUCACCACGUUAGGUCUCAUUCCAUUCUUCCAUAUUUAUGGGAUCACUGGAAUAUGCUGUGCCACACUUAGAAACAAGGGAAAAGUUGUGGUGAUGGGAAGAUUUGAUCUCCGGACCUUCAUUAAUGCCCUCAUAACACAGGAAGUCACAUUUGCUCCAAUUGUUCCUCCUAUCAUCCUGGCUUUGGUUAAGAAUCCUAUUGUCGAAGAAUUCGAUCUUAGCGGUCUCAAACUUCAGGCUAUCAUGACUGCAGCUGCUCCGCUCGCACCUGAACUCCAAUCUGCCUUCGAGAGAAAGUUCCCGGGCGUGGAUGUUCAAGAGGCAUAUGGACUAACUGAGCACAGCUGCAUCACUCUCAACUAUGGAAGUAUAGGCAAAGAGAAUCUCGCUGCAAAGAAAAACACAGUUGGCCGCAUUCUCCCUAAUCUAGAAGUCAAAUUCAUCGACCCGGACAGUGGAAGGUCUCUGCCGAAGAACACCCCAGGUGAAAUCUGUGUAAGAAGCCAGUGUGUGAUGCAAGGUUACUACAAAAAUGAAGAGGAGACUUCAAGGACUAUCGAUAACAAAGGCUGGAUGCACACUGGGGAUAUUGGAUACAUUGAUGACGAUGGUGACGUGUUUAUUGUGGAUCGUAUCAAGGAAUUGAUCAAGUACAAAGGCUUUCAAGUUGCUCCAGCUGAGUUAGAGGCGAUCCUCCUCACUCAUCCCUCCAUUGAAGAUGCAGCUGUGGUGCCACUGCCAGACGAAGAAGCAGGUGAGAUUCCAGCAGCAAGCGUCGUGAUGGCUCCGAAUUCGAAAGAAACUGAAGAGGAAAUAAUUAAACAUGUUGCCUCAAAUGUCGCCAAUUACAAGAAAGUCAGGCUAGUUCAUUUUGUGGAUGCUAUCCCGAAGUCGCCUUCUGGGAAAGUUAUGAGAAGGUUGGUCAAAGAGAAGAUGAUCGAAAAGAUUCGAGCUGAAUCUGCCUCUUAGAUCUGUCUGAUUAAGCACAGUAUUAGCCUGAGAGAUCUUUGAGUAAACUCCUGUCAUAUCAAUAUUUUGAUUGUAUCUCCUAUUGGCAAUGGCUAGUGAAACUCCACAUGGUUCUCUAGUUAGCCUCGAAACUUAUCUUGUUGCAAAUGGGCACAAGAUUUCCAAGUUGAUCUUCAAUAAUAGGGAUAAUAACGAGAGGCUUUGAUAAACAAAAGGCCUACUUUCGAAAA